AUGGGAUACUUGCGGCUGUGUGCGGUUUUGGUCCCGGUGAUAGCGGUGCUGGCCCCAAUAGGAUUGAGCGCUGCCUUUGACGGCAAGUUCUGGGACCUGUUUACUACAUGGGAUGUGACUGACAUUCCAGAUUUAUCGGGCAAAGUGGCAAUCGUGACCGGGCCCACAGUCAAUGGGAUUGGCUUUGAGUCCGCAGUCGAGAUGUCCAGGAAGGGGGCGCAGGUCAUUCUCGCAGGACGAAGUGAGAGCAAGGGCCAAGAGGCCUUGAAGGAGCUGCUUCGGAGGGUGCCCGAUGCCAAGGCCGACUUCAUGAAGCUAGACCUGAGCAGCCUCAAGCAAGUGAAAGAGUUUGCGAUGAAUUUCAAGGCGAAGCGCUUGCCUUUGCACAUCCUCAUGAACAACGCUGGGAUAAUGGCGAAUCCAUUCUCUUUGACGGUCGACAAGUUGGAGAGCCAGUUCGCCACAAAUCAUUUGGGGCAUUUUCUGUUGACCAAACUGCUGCUGCCAGAACUGGAGGCAUCUGCACCAGCGCGUGUCGUGACUGUCACCUCUGCCGCAGCCCACUUUCCAGAGAUGAUGGCCAAAUUGGAAAUGUUUGGCUUGCUUGAUGCAGCUCCUGCGGCGGACUUUGACAAGCUGGGCCAGGACUACGAAGCUGACUAUCACCCGUUCAAGGCAUACGCUCGUUCCAAGCUUGCAAACGUCCUCUUCACUCGCGCGCUGGCCCGUCGACUUUCAGACAAAAGUAUUUUUGCCAACAGUUGCCACCCCGGCGGCAUCAUGACAAACCUCCCCAAGCACGUUCAGAAGUCCACAGAGGACAGUAUGGGUAAGGGCUGGAGAUACUACAUGGAUGAACUCAUGCAGCUGGUCAUGUUGACGCCGCCGCGAGGUGCCGUAACUCAGCUCUACUUAGCAAGCUCGCCGGACAUUGAAGAGAAAGGUAUUCGUGGACAGUAUUUCCGCAAUCAGGCCAUACAUGCCAACCCUCCAAAGUUUUCCACAGAGGAGCUUGAAGAGAAACUGUGGAACAUCUCCGAGAAAUUAGUGGCCGAAUAUCUGUAA